CCACUUAUUAAAUCAUAUGAAUAUGAAAAAGAUUAUGUUCCUGAAAUUCUUAAAGAGUUACAGAAUCUUAUUUCUACGAUGAAUGAUUAUUUUGAUCUCAUGCCAAUAGUUAAAAGACAAAUUGAAGAAUCUGAAUUAACUUUUAUUUUAUAUGAGUUUUUCAUUUUACCUAAUAAGGAACAAGUAAGAGCCACAAAAAAUUUUCACAAUGCACCAAUGUUUAGUAAUGUUUCCAUACAUAUGGAUUCUAAACAGAAUGAAUUUGAAAC